AUGCCGGCAUUACAAUCAUUGCAACAGAUUCUUCCCCUAAAAGAUGAUCAGCCAUUAGACGAGCCGAACUCGGUAUCCAUUUCAACUGAGUUCUCGCUAGAACAUUAUCGAGCAAACCUUCAACAAUCAGGUAAUGAGAAUCUAACCAAUUGUGUAUCGCAAUUUGAAUUAUUUAAUCGAAAAAUACAGGAACAUAAGAAAAAUUUGGUGCUAGUAGGGGAAAUAAUUGAAGAGUUUUCGACUGAAUUGCACAACCUUUCAUCCAGCUUGAUUUCGUUAGAACAACAAUCCAACAGUUUAUCCAAGGACUCUAAGUUUCAAAAGAAUAUAAUUGAAAGACUCAACCCGGUAAUUUUAGAUUUGAUGAUACCACCUGAAAUUGUUCGAUCUGUCUUGGAGGAGGAGAUUACUCCAGAAUGGUUGGAAAACUUGAAAUUUGUCACUGAAAAAAGACAACUUCUCCAGACUUUGCCGGAAACCAAAUCCAAAGACCAGUUGACAGAAGGAAUAGAGCUUCUUGAAGGUAAAGCAAUCGAAAGAAUAAGAGACUUUAUAAUAUUGCAAAUACGAAUGUUGCGGUCUUCGUCAAAGUCGUCCUCGCAGCUUAUCCAACAGAAUUUAUUGGAAGUAAAAGAAGCAUUCCAGUUUUUGCUGUCCCACCACCAGAAAUUGGCAGAACAAUUGAGGUCUGCUUAUGUCUAUACAAUGCGAUGGUAUUACCAAAGCAAGUUUUCCAAAUAUCUUUAUGCUUUGGAAAAGUUGCAGAUACGUCGUGUCGAUAGUGCUGUUCUUGGGGACACCAAAGCUGGUGAAUACUUUACAUUGUUUGAAAAGAGAUUUGAAAUUUUACAGUCGGACCAGUCAGCAAUGCCGUCUCAAAUUGCUGAAACCUCACCCUUCCAUUAUUGGAUCGAAUUCGUAUUUAAUCAGUUUUCAAUGGCAGUGGUCGAUAAUGUGAUAGUCGAGUACUUGUUUACCAUAGAAUUUUUUUACCACGGCGACGAGAAGGAUAACUCCUGGGCCGAGGUAAUGUUUAAGAAUGUUUUCCAAAUUGGUCGUGAAUUUCUCGACUAUAUCAGCAAUACUCUAGAUGCGUAUGGUAUAUUAUUGAUAAUAAGGUUGGUUCAAAAAUCACAGGCUAAAUUGCAUGAGGUGCAUAUUCCAGUGCUCGACGAUUAUCUCAACUCUUUGUUGUUGAUACUUUGGCCACAUUUCACAAAAAUCGUCGAUGCCAAUUGUGAGUCCAUGAAACGGACUAUGCUAAAGGGGAAAAAGGCAACUGGACUAGCACCAAUUAGUAUCACCCAACAGUUUGCCCAGUUCUUUUCUGCAUUGUUGGAAUUAUCUGUUAACGAAGCAGAGCCGCUCAUUUCAUCCAUCAUUCGGUUGAGAAACGAAUAUGAGAGUUAUUUGAUGAGGUCCACUUCACUUAGUGGCACUGAAAAAGAGAUUUUCUUGUACAAUAACUAUUUUUUGGUAUUGAGUGUUCUUAAGAACCAAAACACCAAUACGUUUCUUGAAGAGCAGGUUUUACAUUUCCAAACUUUAGCAGAUGCAUAUACUAAACAUUAA